UCUGCUACAUAAGCUCACUCUCCCACCAUGUUAUUGUGACGAUACUCUUCCCACUUACCCUACAUCAUAUCUUCAUCGUCCUUGAUCUCAUUUACCACAGGAACUUCAAGAUUUCUUUUAAUUUAAAUUCAAAAGUUUAAGACUCAAACUCCUGAGAUCUGUUUGUUUCCGUUAAAGACAACUUGUUUUCAUCGUUGUCUGAUCAUAUCGGAAUCUGGUAAUUAUAUCAAAAUGGGUAAAACCGCGGCGAACAGAGACUGGACCCAGAUCUACGCCAUAUACGGCAUUCAGCAGUGGCAGACGCUCGUCUUCCUCCUCUUCCACGCCUUCUUCUUCUCCCUCCUCUCCCUCCUCUUCCUCAUCUACUUCGACCAGAUUUGCUUCUUCCUCGACUCCUCCUUCUUCCCCUCCGGCGCCUCCAGGUUCACCGCCGGUUUCACCGGAGCCGUCACCGCUCUCUCCGCCGUCUGCCUCCUCUUCGCCGCCGCUAACUUCGUCUACUCCGACGUCCCGCUCCAGUACGAGAUGGCUCAGCGCAUGGUCGGCUCCGUCGGCGACUGGUCCUGCGUCAAAACGGCGUUAGAUCUCGGCUGCGGACGCGGCAUCUUGCUCAACGCCGUCGCGACGCAGCUUAAGAAAACCGGUAGCUCGGGUCGGGUCGUCGGGUUAGACCGCUCCAAACGCACCACUCUCUCCACUCUCCGCACCGCUAAACUCGAAGGUGUGCAAGAGUAUGUGACGUGCAGGGAAGGAGAUGUCAGAACGCUGCCGUUUGGGGAUAACUACUUCGACGUGGUGGUCUCGUCGGUGUUCGUGCACACGGUGGGGAAGGAGCACGGUCAGAAGUCGGUGGAGGCGGCGGCGGAGAGGAUGAGGGUGCUAGGGGAGAUAGUGAGAGUCGUGAAGCCAGGAGGUCUGUGCGUGGUUUGGGAUCUCUUGCACGUGCCUGAGUACGUGCGGCGUCUCCAGGAGCUGAAGAUGGAGGAUAUCCGAGUCUCUGAGCGAGUCACGGCGUUUAUGGCCGGUAGCCACAUCGUGACGUUCAGGAAACCGAGCGAACUCGUCGCUGGUCCACGUGAAGUUCGCCUCGAUUGGAGAUGAUGACGUGGCUUUUUAAAAACGGCUUUGUGUCGAUUCGUUUAUAUAGAAGACGGGACGUAGUUCAAGACCGGAAGGUCGAAACAGAUAACUGUGAUAUAUAUUAAUUGCGACUCUAAUAUAGAAAAUCAAAAAUGUGCUGAGUUAGCGUCUGGGGAGGCGAAGCGGAACCAGAUGCUUCUUGUAGAGGCAGAAACGCUAAACGCGGUGUUUGCGUUUUGAUCUUGUAUUUAUAUACAAUAAUCCUAGUAAUAUAUUUUGAUGCUCUAA